AUGCCUCCUCCACCCCAUACCAAGCCCGAGAACGUGCUCAAGGCAACCCAAGAGCUCAUCGCAGUCAACCAGAAACAGUCGGCUCUGACCAUCCUCCACGAGCAUGUCACCUCCAAGCGCACCCGCAACAGCACCAUCGCCUCGCUCGAGCCCGUUGUCCUCCUGUUUGUCGAACUUUGUGUUGAGUUGAGAAAGGGCAAGGCCGCCAAGGACGGUCUCUACAACUACAAGAACACUUCGCAGAAUACCAAUGUCGCCACUAUCGAGCUUGUCUUCAAGCGCUUCAUCGAACUCGCCGAAUCCAAGGUUUCCGAAGCCCAGGCCAAGGCCGAUGAGGUCUCUUCCGCCGCAGAGACAUCUGCCGACCUGGCCAACGUUGGUGAUCUCGAGGCUAGCGAGACACCUGAGUCCAUCCUCCUGUCGACCGUUUCCGGUGAGCAGGCACGCGACAGAACCGACCGCGCCAUCGUCACUCCCUGGCUCAAGUUCCUGUGGGAGACUUACCGCACCGUCCUGGAUAUCUUCAAGAACAACGCCAGACUCGAGGUCAUGUACCAGACCGUCACCCUCCAGGCCUUCCAGUUCUGUCUCCGCUACGCUCGCAAGACCGAGUUCCGCAGACUGUGCGAGUUGCUCCGUAACCACCUCCAAAAUGCCGCCAAGUACUCGUCCCAGAUGCACGCCAUCAACCUCAGCGACCCCGACACUCUUCAGCGCCAUCUCGACACCCGUUUCCAGCAGCUGAACGUCGCCGUCGAACUCGAGCUGUGGCAGGAGGCCUUCAAGUCCGUCGAGGAUACCCACACCCUUCUCUCCUUGAGCAAGCGCCCUGCAAAGAACGUCAUGAUGGCCAACUACUUCGAGAAGCUUGCCCGUAUCUUCCUUGUCAGCGAGAACUACCUUUUCCACGCCGCUGCCUGGAGCCGUUACUGCAAUCUUUUGCGCCAGUCGGCUGCUAUCAUGACCGCUGGUCAGGGCCAGAAGAAGGAUAACCCCUCCAACAUCGGCGAUGCCGACCUCACCAAGGCCGCCUCCUUUGUCAUUCUGUCCGCUCUUGCUAUUCCUGUCAUUAGCACUUCCCGUUCGCGUGGUGCCCUGGUUGAUGUCGACGAGGCCAAGAAGAACAAGAACACCCGUCUUACUAACCUCCUCGGCAUGUCGGCACCCCCUACCCGUGCCAUUCUGUUCAAGGAUGCUAUCAACAAGGGCCUUCUCAAGCGUGCCUCUCCCGAGAUCCGUGAGCUUUACAACAUUCUCGAGGUCGACUUCCACCCUCUGUCCAUCUGCAAGAGAAUCUCUCCUAUCCUUACCAAGAUUGCCGCCGACCCCGAGAUGAAGAAGUACGUCCUGCCCCUCCAGCAGGUCAUUCUUACCCGCCUCUUCCAGCAGCUGUCUCAGGUUUACGAGACUGUCGAACUCAAAUUCGUUCUUAACCUUGCUCAGUUCCCCGAGGAGUUCCAGAUGAGCCCUGCUGCCAUUGAGAAAUUCAUCAUGAACGGUUGCAAGAAGGGUGACUUGGCUAUUCGUAUUGACCACGCUACUGGUGUCUUGACUUUCGACUCUGACGUCUUUUCAUCUGCUCGUGCCCUCCACCCUGGUAGCGGUGCUGGUUCCGCUGGUUCUGAGGUUGUCCAGCGCCUCCAGAGCACUCCUGCCGAGAUUGUCCGCUCUCAGCUUACUCGCCUGUCGAAGGCUCUCUUCAUUACAUGCCAAUAUGUCGACCCUACCUUUAACGAGGACCGCCAAAAGGCCAAGCAGGCUGCUCUUAAGCGUGCUGAGGCUGGUGCCGACAAGGAGCACCUCGACACUAUUGCUCGUUCAGAGGUCAUCCAGAAGAUGAAGGAGUCCGCUGCCAACGCUUUGGCUGCCAAGGAGCGCGAGGAGGCACAGAAGAAGAGACUUCGCCAGCAAGAAUUGCAAGCUGCCGAAGUCCAGCGCCUGGCUGAUGAACAGCGUGAGCGUGAGGCUCGUCGUAUCAGACAGGAGCAGGAGAAGGUCCAAAGAGAGGAGAUGGAGCGCCAGCUCAAGGAACUCAAGCAGGGUGUUAAGGGUGUUGAUAUCGAUAGCUUCGACAUCAACGACCUCGACACUGGCCGUAUCCGCCAGAUCAAGCUCCAGGCUCUUGAGAAGGAGAAGAACGAGAUGAGCGAGAAGCUGAGAUUCACUGCCAAGAGAAUCGACCAUCUCGAGCGUGCCUACAGAAAGGAGGAGCUCAAGCACCUCAGCGCCGACUACGACACCCAGCGCGAGCGUGACUUGGCUGCUUACGAGAAGACCAAGUCCGAGACUCUCAAGGAUGCCGAGGAGAAGCACAAGGAGGCUGUUGCCCUCAAGCACCGCCUGAGCCGUCUGGUGCCUUCCUACGAGAAGUUCAAGCGCAACGUCACCGAGCAGCGCCACGCCGAGUUCGAGAAGCGUCGCAAGGUUGCAGAGCGCGAGCUUAACCAGAAGAUGGAGCAACGCCGUCGCGAAGUCAAGGAGCGCAUGGCACGCGAGAAGCAAGAGGCCGAGGAGGCCGAAGCUAGAGCCCGCGAGCAAGAAGAGAGAGAGGCUAGAGAGGCCGAAGAGAAGGAGCGUGCCGAUGCCGAGAAGCGCGAGAGAAUGGAGAGAGAGAAGCAGGAGAGAGUCAAGUCGAGAGAGGAAGCCGCCGCCGCUGCCGAGAAGCAACGCCAGCGCGAAGAGGAAGCCGAGCGUCGUCGUGCCGAGCGCAAGCAAGCACCUCCCGCCGCCGCCGCUGCCGGUCCCGACCGCUGGUCAAGAUCUGGCGCACCCGCACCCGCCGAGCCCGUCGCCGCUUCGGCCUCGGCUGGCGGUCCUCCCCGUCUCGCCCUUGCCGGCAACAAGCCCACAUGGCGUGAGCGUGAAGCCGCAAAGGCUGCCCAAGGUGGCGUCUCACCCGCACCCUCCUCGCCCGCCCCCGAGGCCGCCCGCCCCGCCGCACCGCCCGCCGACGAGCGUGUCCAGACUUCCGAGGCCGCUCUCCCCAAGAAGUCCGCCUACGUCCCCAACCCCCGCGGCGACGGUGAAACCCCUCCUCCCGCCUCUGGUGGCAGAUACGAGCCCCCAUCUGCCCGUGGCGGUUCCUCCGCUGGCGGUGCCUACAGACGUGGUGGCUUCGGCAGCAGAUCCUAA